GAGGUUACGGACAAGGCGUGGACAUUGAAUGCACGAUAGCUGUUAAAUUGUCGAUGCAAAUACCCGUGUGCGGCAGCGUUCUGUAGGCACACCAAGCGCAAAGCCAUCCACCCCUCGUCAGAUCUUCCAGGGAGACUAGUAGACUUACUCCAAAAAAAUCACCAUGUCCGAAGGCGCUCCAAUGAGAUGCGGUCGUUGUGAUAAGAUGUGCUACCACGCGGAAGGGAUAAGUAUGGCUGGAAAGCGCUGGCAUAAGAGCUGCUUCGCUUGCGCUGAGGUUCGCUGCCGGAAGAAGCUCGAGAGCACCAACUGCUGCGAAGGAAACGGCGACAUCUGGUGCAAAAGCUGUUACGCGCGCAAUUUCGGCCAGCGUGGGUACGGCUUUGGUCUAGGCGCCGGUACCCUAAGCAUGGACACGGGCAAGUACGGCGAAGCCCCGCCCAACAUGGCGCCCAAAGUGUGGUUCCCGACCAAGAAGGAGAACUUCGAGCUGAAGGAGGGCAUCUGUCCGGCCUGUGGCAACGAGGUGUUCGAAGCUGAAAAAGUUGCAUGCAACAACAAUGUAUACCACAAACAGUGCUUCGCAUGCUUUAAUUGCAAGUCGAAGCUGGAAUCGACAACGGUCAAUGACCACGAGAGCGGAAUCUACUGCCCAGCUUGCUACGCCAAGAACUACGGAGCACUCGGUUAUGGGUAUGGCGUAGGAGCCGGUGCACUCAAACUCACCGGCAAGUGAGAACCUCAUCCCGUCUCAACAGACUACUGCUAGCAAAUCUUAUAAUAAUACUCUUUUAGAACUUGUACGGACAUCGGACCAAAGCCAUAACGGAGUCGCUGUUCGUUAAGGAAAUGGUGAACAUAGAAACACAAUGCAAGGUCAUGUAGUAUAUCUCCCCGAAUGACAAUGUAUAAUUUACUUCCCACAUGAUCAAACUGUAGAAUCAAUGAUUGAAAUAAAGCGCUUGGUACGCCCGUACCGCCAUCGCA